AGCCUUAUAAUUACCCCCCACGAUCUGCGCCCUGUUUAUUAUCGCGCGCGCGCACACACAAACACUAACUCUAAACUCUAAUCUGCUUCGGACUCCCAUCCUGUCACGCUAGAGGGUAUGCGUGUCGCCGGAGACAGACAUCCCCUGUGAUUUGAGUUUAUCACCAAUGAUUUUAUUACGGAUUAAUCAGUGCAUCUCUGGCAUAUUCGGAGAAUAAUGAAACGGAGAAAUCCUGCUGUUCUGAUUUCUCUCCAACAACCUGUCUGCGCGUGACGCAGGGGGGAGGAGGAGUGGGCAGUCUACUUAAAGCGGGAUUAGCACGAGCCAAACAUUAUACUCCCCUCCGUUUAGGCUCAGAGCGACCUAUCGUCCUGCUCGCGAGACAGAAAAUAGGAGGGCUUUAGACUAAUCAGGACCUCAGACGAGCGCGCGCUCCGGAGCGAGGCGUGGACGACAAGGUGGACAGCAGCGACUAAUCAAUGCAUUCGCCCGAUACUACACUCGCCUUUAGAGCGAUAGACGCGGAACAGUAGCUUGCAUUUGAUUUUACACGGUCCACUGUGUUAUAUCGUCUCCGAAUGAACAGCCAUGGGGGAAUGGACAAUUCUCGAGCGUCUCCUGGAGGCGGCUGUCCAACAGCACUCUACUAUGAUUGGGAGGAUCCUACUGACAGUGGUGGUGAUCUUCCGGAUUCUAAUUGUGGCGAUAGUUGGAGAGACCGUGUACGACGAUGAGCAGUCCAUGUUCGUGUGCAACACAUUACAGCCAGGCUGUAACCAAGCUUGCUAUGACAAAGCAUUCCCAAUAUCUCACAUCAGAUACUGGGUGUUCCAAAUCAUCAUGGUAUGCACCCCCAGUCUAUGCUUCAUCACAUACUCAGUGCAUCAGUCGGCCAAACAGAAGGAGCGGAGAUACUCCAUGGUCUACCUGUCCCUCGACAAAGACGACUCAAUGAGACGAGACGACAGCAAAAAAAUCAAAAACACCAUCGUGAACGGAGUACUUCAGAACACUGAAAACUCCACCAAAGAAUCCGAGCCCGACUGUUUGGAAGUGAAAGAGAUCCCCAGUUCAGCCAUGAGAACUACCAAAUCUAAAAUGAGAAGACAAGAGGGCAUCUCCAGGUUUUACAUCAUUCAGGUGGUUUUCAGGAACGCGCUGGAGAUCGGCUUCUUGGUGGGGCAGUAUUUCUUGUACGGAUUCAACGUGCCGGCCGUGUACGAGUGCGAUCGGUACCCUUGCAUCAAAGACGUCGAAUGCUAUGUUUCGAGACCCACGGAGAAAACCGUGUUCCUCGUCUUCAUGUUUGCGGUCAGUGGGAUUUGCGUGGUGCUCAACCUGGCAGAACUCAAUCACCUGGGCUGGAGGAAAAUUAAAACGGCGGUGAGGGGGGUGCAGGCCAGGAGGAAGUCCAUAUAUGAGAUCAGAAACAAGGACUUGCCACGGAUGAGCAUGCCUAAUUUCGGCCGCACCCAGUCGAGUGACUCUGCCUACGUCUAAUGCUCCCUUCAUGUAGUUCAUCAGAGCAGUGGUGCUCAAUCCAGGUCCAAGAAGACUCCAUGUUGCACGUUUUGGAUGUUUCCCUCAUCUGAAACACCCAUUUCAAGUCUUGGAGCCUCUGCUCAAAAAGAAUAGUUCACCCAAAAAUCAAAAUUCUGUCCAUUUAUUCACCUUCAUGUCGUUCUGUGGAACACAAAGGAAGAUGUUUUGAAGAGUGCUUAGUCCAUACAAUGAAAGUCAACAACAUUGUACUCCAUUAACACCACUGAGAUUUUUUUUCUCCAUAAUAUCUUCUGUUGUGUUCCACAGAACGACAUCGGGGUGAGUAAAUGAUGACAGAAUUUUCAUUUUUGGUAUCUAAAAUGCGCAGAAACUCCAGGACCAGAACUGAGGACCACUGUAUUAGAUUAUAUACAGAAGACAAGUUAUGUUAUGAACUGUUCAUCUCACCUGGUUCAUGGUGGGGUAGAUGGAUUUUAUUUGUUUGUUAUGGACAACCAGAACAAAUGGACCAAACGUUUGUUUCUUAUCAGUUACUGAAGGGCACUGAUGCAACUUUUUUAUAGGUCAGAAUGGAAAGCUUAUGUUUUCAACAUUUGUUUAUUUCUUCGUUCACAUGAUCAGCUGAACCCGAAAUAUGUUUUGCACUAAUAUGGAUUUAAAGAAGCCAAAACUAACCCGAAUCGUGCUGUGAAGGUCUUUUGUUUCAUUAUAUUGUAUUCUCAUUCUGGUUUUAGAUCGCACAUAUGAUUAUGUUUCAGUUUACUCACCGCAACUAGUUAGACUGCAGUUCACAUAUGUUUAUCCAUACUAUAUGAAUCAUAUCUCUCUUUUGGCUUAGAUAGAUUGGCAUCUUUAAUGAUUUGGUUGCCUGUGCUUGCACCACUGACCUUAACGUAAGUUAUCGUUCCGUUAUAUUUAAGCUGACUUGCAGAUCGGUAGCCGGUGAACUGGCCAAUGCUGCAUAACGCUUAACUGUCUAUUUUUUGUAUUUAUUUAUUUUAUUUAUUAAUGUAUUGGAUUUAUUUAUUUAUUUUUUGACACCAAAGCGCCCAUUGCUUUCAUUUGUGUGAAAAGGAUAUAUUGCUUUUAUGUAUUCAAGUGCCAUAUAUGUACAUAGAUAUAUACAUAUUAUAGUAUAUUGUAAUCCUUAUCGUGAGAUAUGAAUUCCACAAACUCUUCAAAGAACGUCCUAUCCCUUUAAUGUGAGAUGUUGGGGAAUGGAAGAGUGGGUAAAAAAAACAAAAAAAACAUUCAUACAUAUUUUGCAUUCAUCAAAAGUAUGAUAUUACAUUUAAAGUACAUAGAAAACACAGUUGAUAAGAAAUCAGUGAAUAAAGGGGUUGAGAUUCAUUUCCCCUGGUGCUUCUAUUUCUCAAAAAAAAUGAUGUUAGCAACUAUGUAAGAUGAAAAAAAAUUCUAAUAAUAAAUUAUGGAAUUCAUGACUAAAAAGCUGUGUGAUUUGCAUUGCUUUAUGAUUUGGGGGGGAUUCAGAAUUUUAGUUUUAAUGCAUCAGCAAAAAGAGCCAUUUUCCUAAGGGAUUGGCAUCCUUGUCAUCUUCUCCAUGAAUCAACUUCCUGUCAGCUGAAAUGCUUGCAUGUUUUUUUUUUUUUUUGACUGGUUCAGCAACAUAGUGCUUAAAUUUGAUCCGGGCGCCAUAAUUCUACCUGUCCAGCUUCAGUCAUGCUGACACAAUGACAGCGGCUUCCUCCCAGUCCGGUGCCCUGCAUACAACAUCGCUUUACAGCAGAGGUCUGGUCCCUGCAGAAGUCACGGUGGCCCCUGUGCCAAGGUCACAGAGAAAGUGCUGAACACUGCAGCCGGUGACAUCAAACCGGGAUUUCUCACUGCUGACAGACUGGGAGAGGCCUGAGACUCACAAAAGUGCCAAGAUGACUCUUCACCAGAGAGGAGGGGGGGAAAUCUAGGGCCCAAGCAUCCUGACAGAUCAAUUUGGAAUUCAUCAGGGACCUGAGAUUCCUCUUUGACACAACACAAACAGCGAAGGUCCAAUCUGACAGGACAUCAGCGGACGCUAUUGCUGUGUGUUUGUGUGUGUCUUGUGCAGUUUCACUUUGUCCCCUCUU